UCGGUUUGCGCUCCCCGGGCGGUGGGUGUGGAUGCGUGUUCUUCGCCUUCACCUGCCGCCAUGGGACAAGUGACUGGGAUACAGCAUCCCGGUUCUCGGCCGCUCUUGGAGGGUGCCAGUGCAGCGCCGUUCUAACAGGAAUGAACUACUGAUUCACACAACUUAAAUGAAUCUCAGAAAUAUUUGGAGCAAGAGAAGCCAGGCACAAAAAAGUUGCAAGACCUAAUACAAGGAACAUCCAGAUUCACCAGUUGUUGGUGUAUGCGCUUGUUCAAACUUACUGAGCUGGCUACUUAAGAUCUGGGCAUUUUACGCUCUCUAAACCAUCUCUUCCUCCAGUUGUGAUUUAAUGUAUCCUCAGAGAUUGACAGCUGAGUGUAGUCUUCUGUUCUUGACUGCCCAUGUUUAAGCCAAACUGGUAUAACUAACAAGCAGAUUUUCUUACUUAUAAAUGACCAUGACUACUGAUGAAGGUGCCAAGAACAAUGGAGAAAACCCAGCAGCAGCUGUGGCUGAACGUGGAGAGGAUAUCACCUCUAAAAAAGAUAGAGGAGUAUUAAAGAUUGUCAAAAGAGUGGGGGAUAGUGAGGAAACACCAAUGAUUGGAGACAAAGUUUAUGUCCAUUACAAAGGAAAAUUGUCAAAUGGAAAGAAGUUUGAUUCCAGUCAUGAUAGAAAUGAACCAUUUGUCUUUAGUCUUGGCAAAGGCCAAGUUAUCAAGGCAUGGGACAUUGGGGUGGCUACCAUGAAGAAAGGAGAGAUCUGCCAUUUACUUUGCAAACCAGAGUAUGCAUAUGGCUCGGCUGGCAGUCUCCCCAAAAUUCCCUCGAAUGCAUCUCUCUUUUUUGAGAUUGAGCUCCUUGAUUUCAAAGGAGAGGAUUUAUUUGAAGAUGGAGGCAUUAUCCGAAGAAUCAAACAGAAAGGAGAAGGAUAUUCAAACCCAAAUGAAGGAGCAACAGUAGAAAUCCACCUGGAAGGCCGCUAUGGUGGAAGGAUGUUUGAUUGCAGAGAUGUGGUAUUCAUUGUUGGGGAAGGAGAAGACCAUGACAUUCCAAUUGGAAUUGACAAAGCCCUGGAGAAAAUGCAACGGGAAGAACAGUGUAUUUUAUAUCUUGGACCACGAUAUGGUUUUGGAGAGGCAGGGAAGCCUAAAUUUGGCAUUGAACCUAAUGCUGAGCUUAUAUAUGAAGUGACACUCAAGAGCUUCGAAAAGGCCAAAGAAUCCUGGGAGAUGGACACCAAAGAAAAAUUGGAGCAGGCUGCCAUUGUCAAAGAGAAGGGAACGGUGUACUUCAAGGGAGGCAAGUACCUGCAGGCCGUGAUUCAGUAUGGGAAGAUCGUAUCGUGGUUAGAGAUGGAAUAUGGCUUAUCAGAAAAGGAGUCUAAAGCUUCUGAGUCGUUUCUGCUUGCUGCCUUCCUGAACCUGGCCAUGUGCUACCUGAAGCUUAGAGAAUACACCAAAGCUGUGGAAUGCUGUGAUAAGGCCCUUGGACUAGACAGUGCCAAUGAGAAGGGCUUGUACAGGAGGGGGGAAGCCCAGCUGCUCAUGAACGAGUUUGAGUCGGCCAAGGGCGACUUUGAGAAAGUGCUGGAAGUUAAUCCCCAGAAUAAGGCUGCACGACUGCAGAUCUCCAUGUGCCAAAAAAAGGCUAAGGAGCACAACGAGCGGGACCGAAGGAUAUACGCCAACAUGUUCAAGAAGUUUGCAGAGCAGGAUGCAAAGGAAGAGGCCAGUAAAGCCAUGGGCAAGAAGACUUUAGGAGGGGUCACCAAUGAAAAAGAAACAGAGAGUCAAGCGAUGGACGAGAAAGCUGGAGGCCACGUAUGACUCCACGCGAAGGAGGGAAGAGCUCUAAUGAACUCGGCCCCCUCCUCCAUGGGCUUUCACCCAACUCAGGACUCAACAGUGUUUAAUGUAAAGUUUGUUAGAGUCUGUGUGAGUCUGGAAGCAAAUGGCAAAACCAGUAGCUUCCCAGAAAGCAGCCACCCUGCUGCUGCCCCGUGCCCUCCUUGAGGGGGCGGCGUGGGACCGCUCCAGGUGGAACCGAACAGAGAUGACUGUUGGUGUGGCGAGAUCGAGCCGACAGCUAAGUCCCGCUCAUUUCAGUUUCUGUCAACCUUCAGUAUCUAAUUCAGGGUCCCUUGAGAUAAUCCUAACAAUGUGGGGCUAUCUGUUAGGUUUUACAUCUGAUUGAACUUUAAUAGCACUGCAGAAACCUAAAAAUAAAGGCCUAGUGACUUUCUCCUUCCUUACAGUUGGGUGGGGGAGAGGAGGAGCAGGUUUUGUUUUUUAAAUGACUGAAGUGCUAGCAUUUUUAACCAACAGAACCCACGGGGAGAGAGGGGUCUGGAAUCCCCUCAGGUCCUCAGCAGAGCCAGACUCGGAAAGCCAGAACCUCAGAGGUCACUUGCUUGCUGACUUAGCCAAACUCCUGCCUCACUAAGCCAGCCUGCUCGGGAGAGUGGGUCUCUCCUGCACCCAGCCUGGCCCUGGAGGAGGGCAUCUGUCCUUCACAAAACAUUCUUCAGCAAGGAUAAUGAGCAGAGGGAGCUGCUAGGUUAGCUUCCCCUGCUUUCGAUUAAGUUCUGAGAUGCUGAAAUGUGAAAAGAGCAAUCAGAAUUGUGCUUUCUCCCCCCUCCUCCAUCCCUUCUAGGAAGUAAUGCUGGGUACAGUGCCGCCUGCUAGCGCCGCUGCUGUUCCGUUCUUACAAUCUCUCUGACCUGGAGUGGAUUCAUUUACAUACCCAUUUAGGAUCCACGUAGCUUUUUUUUUUGCUUUUUAAAAAUUACUGGCUCAUAAACAUGUAUACUGGGUUUAUGAAACUUUAUUUACACUCCUCUAUCAUGCAAAAAAAAUUGACUUUUUACUACUAAGUAGCUUGAUUUUUAAAAACAGUAUCUGUGGAGUUGAAAAAAUAAGGUAUUGUUCUUGUACAUUAAGGGUUUUCCUCACAGGUUUGGCACACGGUAGCUUUCUUCUCCUGCUGAUGGCUUCUUCGUUCUGGUGUAAGUUGUGAAAAAGAAUUGAAAACCGCUUCCUGUGCAGGCAUAUCUCGCCUAAAAGCUCCAGUCCUGGAGCACUGAAUCAGGGCAAGUCUUAAAAUACGUACACGUAGUGGAAUCUUGGUCCUUACGGGUAACCGAAGACUGAGCACGGCUUUGUCUCCCUGCCGCCUGAGAAGCGAUUGUGGGCACGCGUUUGCAGCCGAAGGAAACAGUAGCUGCAACCUGGAACAUCUCACUUUGUAAAAUCCUAAAGAACACUGGCAAUUACUAGUUUUUACUUUUAUGGUGGUUUUAGCAAAACACGUUCAUUGUUAGGUUAGGACCCACAUCAAAACCUAAAAAUAAAAUCCUUUCCAUUUAUACCAGUUUUCUUCUCCAUGGAACGAAGGGAAUUAAAUCGUUUCUCCUUUGACGACUAGAAUCCUUUUAAUUUCUCAUUUUUGUCUUUUUUCAUGAAAUUUCUUUAAAAAGCCCCAGUAUCGCCUAGGAAACAUGAAAAGCAGAAGUUGAUUUUGCUUUGUUUGCUUGACUCUUGAGUAUUUGUAGCCCUGUUGACUAGAGCAUGACUCCAGUGAGGCAGAGACGGAGAUUUGAUCCUAAGAAGGCCAGUUAGCUUUUUGCAAGGUAACAAACAAAAAACGAUUCCAAAACUUAGAUUAUCCCAGCCAGUUGUCUCCCGAGUGUGUGUUAUGGGUCACCCCGUGGCGGGGGAGUGGGCAGGAGUGCGUGGAGGGGAGGGCUGGGCUGUGAGGGUGGUUCUGAGCAAACGAUGGUGAGGUGCCCAUCACCACUCGAGAAGAAUAAACUUCAUAUAUUCUCGUAUCAAA